CGGGACCAGCCGCGCUGGGUGAGCCACCACCACCCCGCGGUGCUCAACGGGCAGCACCCGGACGCGCACCACCCGGGCCUCGGCCACUCCUACAUGGACCCCGCGCAGUACCCGCUGCCCGAGGAGGUGGAUGUACUUUUUAACAUCGACGGGCAAGGCAACCACGUCCCGUCCUACUACGGAAACUCGGUGAGGGCCACGGUGCAGCGGUACCCUCCGACCCACCACGGGAGCCAGGUGUGCCGCCCGCCUCUGCUGCACGGGUCCCUGCCCUGGCUGGACGGCGGCAAAGCCCUGGGCAGCCACCACACCGCCUCGCCUUGGAACCUCAGCCCCUUCUCCAAGACGUCCAUCCACCACGGCUCCCCGGGGCCGCUCUCCGUCUACCCGCCGGCCUCGUCCUCCUCCCUGUCGGCCGGCCACUCCAGCCCGCACCUCUUCACCUUCCCGCCCACCCCGCCGAAGGACGUCUCCCCGGACCCGUCGCUGUCCACGCCGGGCUCGGCCGGCUCGGGCCGGCAGGACGAGAAGGAGUGCAUCAAGUACCAGGUGCCGCUGGCCGACAGCAUGAAGCUGGAGUCCACGCACUCGAGGGCCAGCAUGACCACCUUGGGCGGGGCGGCGGCCUCCGCCCACCACCCCAUCACCACCUACCCGCCCUACGUCCCGGAAUACAGCUCCGGACUCUUCCCCCCCAGCAGCCUGCUGGGGGGCUCCCCCACCGGCUUCGGGUGCAAGUCCAGGCCCAAGGCGAGAUCCAGCACAGAAGGCAGGGAGUGUGUGAACUGCGGGGCCACCUCCACCCCACUGUGGCGACGAGAUGGCACCGGCCACUACCUGUGCAACGCCUGCGGCCUCUACCACAAGAUGAACGGGCAGAACCGACCCCUGAUUAAGCCCAAGCGGAGACUGUCAGCAGCAAGGAGAGCAGGGACAUCCUGUGCAAACUGUCAAACCACCACUACGACCCUCUGGAGAAGGAAUGCCAAUGGUGACCCCGUCUGCAACGCCUGCGGGCUCUACUACAAGCUGCACAAUAUUAACAGACCCCUGACGAUGAAGAAAGAAGGCAUCCAGACCAGAAACCGGAAAAUGUCCAGCAAAUCCAAAAAGUGCAAAAAGGUGCACGACGCCCUGGAGGACUUCCCCAAGGGCGGCUCCUUCAACCCCGCGGCUCUCUCCAGACACAUGCCGACCCUCAGCCACAUCUCGCCCUUCAGCCACACCAGCCACAUGCUGACCACGCCGACGCCGAUGCACCCGCCGUCCAGCCUGUCCUUCGGACCCCACCACCCGUCGAGCAUGGUCACCGCCAUGGGUUAGCGCCUCCGCUCCACGCCGCGAGGUCUCCAGGCGAGACGCGCUCCGGCCCCUCUGUGUGCAUUUUUGCAGGAGCAGGAUCAUGAAGCCGAGAACCGACGGACACCCGUGUUUUUUUUUUUUUUUUGGAGGCAGAAAGCAGAAUGAUGUUUGCCACUUUCGCCGAGGAGCUCACUGUGCUGUCUGCGUCCCCAAUCACUGAAUCUGGAUCCCAUUUGUGAAUAAGCCAUUCAGACUCAUAUUCCCUAUUUAACAGGGUCCUCUCUAGUGCUGUGAAAAGAAAAAAAAAAUGCGGACCGUUGCAUAUAACUUAUAUUGUAAGACAUACUGUAUAUUCGAAGACGACUUUAUCGCAUCUGGCGGGUAGCUGUAAGGAAGGCGUGCAGGACGCCAAGAGUUUUAAGGAAUGUGGGGGAAAUAAUGUAUGGGAAUUAAGAAGGAACUAGGUCUGGUAGCCACACGGACACACUGCCAGUUUUGUUGCCUUUUACUGGCCACAAGUGUUUGAUGCAUUAAA